GACAGCUGGGAUAGGCUCCAGCACUCCCCGCGACCCUCGUGAGGAUGAGCGGAAAAGAAAAUGGAUGGAUGCAUGGAUUUUCAGUGCAGGACAACAGCGGCAAAAGAAGCACACAAAUGUGUCCGUCGGAAGAAAGACGGCGCACCCAGAUGUUUUGUGCAGGUGUCGGACGCGAUGCCGUUUUCGGGAAUUUACUCUCCGGAUUCUAGUCCGACGAAAUUACAAUUUCUUUCUCCGGAAAGGAACAGAGCAGAAGUUUCAUAAGUGGCCACGACACAGGAAGUGAGUUGACAAAGCCAUUGACAUCUUGUGCAAGAGGCAGAAAGACAACUCCCCCACUACGACACUAGGAAGUCAUACACAGUGCUAACUUUUACAAAAAAAAAAAAAAAAUGAUUACAUACAGAUAUGAUUUCGUCGCUGAGAAAAAAGGCCAAUACGGUUUGUUUGUGUACCUCAUAACAUUGUUUACUAUUGCAGGGAGUCCUCGGGUUAAGACGGUCUCGACCUAAAACGUUUCGACUUUACAACGCCCGUCCCCGUCCGCCAUUUUGUGUGGCUAACGCUUGUAGGCGUUUUGUCAGUUUUCGCCCUCCUUUGUAGAAAUUAUCGCCCCAAAGAAGAAAACUGUGUCUGUUCGCAAUGCUUCUGCAGCCAAAAGAACGAAGCUCAAGUUCCUAAAAAGUUUGGAGACCACCAAGGCUUCAGUCGGUCGACCGUGGUGACAAUUAUUAAAGACAAUUGUUUUUUUAAAAAAAAAAAAAAUAUUUAUUAAUUUAUUAUUUAUUAGUUAGGGUUCCGUUCCUCUGUCGGAUACAAUGAUCGCAAAACAAGGUUCUUUGAUACUCGUCGAGAUGGAGAGGAUUGAGGACCAGGUUCCUCCGCGAUAGCGAAGCGCAGCCUCCCCUUCUUCUUCUCCAUCCGGCUCUCAGCAGUAAUGCUAAGACUGAAGUCGAAAUUCGGGUUAAGUCGCUACUCUGGGAACGGAUCUCAGUCGUAGACCGAGGACUCCCUGUAUGUAGUUCAGUGAGCACAGUAUGCAGCUAACGGUUAGCAUUGCCACAAGGCAAAGCAUGAACAUCUUUAAGGUGUUGUUACAUUUGAGGUUUUUAUGCAAAAUGCAGUUUUGAAAUCCAUCCAUCUGUCUUCUACUACUUAUCCGAGGUGGGGUCGCAGGGGAGCCCGGACUUCCCUCUUCCGGGGCGAUCCUGAGGUGUCCCCAGGGUCUCUUCCUGGUGAGCACAUCUGGAACACCUCAACAAGAAGGCAUCCAGGAUGAAAUCCUCAAAGAAAUCCUCAAUCCCACGCCCGAGUUUUUGCUUCAGUGACCACCAAAGCUGCGUUCCGCUUGGCCAGCGGCUACACAUCAGUUGCCUCAGGAUCCCCACAGCCCCAAAACGCCCGAUGGGAGUCCUUCUUCAUCUUAAAGGUACCCGUCACCACUGGUGUCUCCCGUCGGCUACUGGGAUUGUCGCCACGAUGUGCACCGACCACGCCUCACUAAUCGAACCACGGAAGAUGCUCCACUUGGACUCAAAGUCCUCCGCCUCUCCUGGGAUGUGGAUGAAGUUUGGCCGGAGAUGAGGGCUGAAACGUCUUCGGACAGGAGUUUCCACGUCCCUUGAGCCGGGGAUCGACCGGUUCGCGCUGCACCAGACCCCCAUGGCCCCUCCCACAGGUGUUGAGCCCAUGGGGGGGGGGGGGGUCCACGUGUCCCUUUGGGACUCUGCCCGGUCGGGCCCCUUUGGUGCAGACUCGUCCACCAGGCGCUCGCCUUUCAACCCCACCUCCAGUCCUCCCUCCGGAGGUGGCGUGUCCCCCACCGAGCGCGGCCUGGCGUGGCGCUUCCUGUUCGGGAUGUACCCGUGCGGCUCCACCGCGUUAGAGCGCCCUCUGCUGCAGGAGCAGCUGGCUGUGCGCUACAAGGUCAUGAAGGCCAAGUGGCAAAGCUUCCUCCCCGCGGCCGUGCAAAUCCACCUCAACGGCACCGACGCUGAGCUGGUGGCUGCUGUUGGGUAUUUUCAGCAGAGGCAGGAACUGGUCCAGCGACAGGCUUCCAACUUGAGCGACGAGGUUCAGGACAGGGUGACGUUUUUGGAACUGCAAGCGCAGAUCUUGUUUGAGCGUGUCACGUUUGACCGGGAAGAACUGCAGGAAGCCAUCCGAAUUAUUAACAAAGACGUUCCAAGGACCAGCAGAGAUCUGAGCUACUACCAAGGUGAAGGUUCAGGGAAUCUGUUAGUGUUGAGGGACAUCCUCAUCACCUACGCCGCUUUCCAUCCAGAAGUGAGUUACGCCCAGGGAAUGAACGACCUGUGCAGCCGAUUUCUGGAGGUCAUGGACUGCGAGGUUGACAGUUUCUGGAGUUUUUCGUGCUACAUGGAGAAAUUCGCCAAGGAUUUCCGUGAAGAUGGUCUGCACAGAAAAAUAGAGUUGGAGGCGGCCCUGUUAAAGGAAUUGGACCCUCAGCUUCAUGUCCACUUGGUCACAGACACCAUGGAGAGCUUCACCUUCUGUCACAGAUGGCUGCUGCUCGGCUUCCAGCGAGAGUUUGAAUACAGCGACGCGCUACGUCUGUUUGAGAUUCUGAGUUGCGACCACCUGGAGCUCAUUUCCCAGCAAGUAGACCGAGCCCGUUACGAGGAAAGGCUGGCCCAGAAAUAUUGUACAGACGACGCGUGUGAGUCGGAGCUGCAGGCCGUCAACACAGACUUUACGUUUGAGCUUUUCAUCUGCGCAGCCAUCCUCUUGGACCACAGAGACACUCUUUUGCAAUGUCGAGAUGAAGUUCAGCUGAUCCAGUUCACCACCAGCCUUCAGGGAACACUGGACUUGAACAGCACCCUGAAGAAGGCAGAGCAUCACUUUUUCAACUACUGCAAACGCUGCGCUUGGGACUCCAUGAACUGCCGCUGCCGAGCACACAAAACCAAAGAAGAAGACUUUCUCUUCCAGCUCCGCAGUUUGUUUGUUUUAAGAUAA